CUGUCGUCUUUCGAUGCGAGAGCAUUGCUGCGGGAUGUGUUUGGCGAAUAUUUAUUGAUUAAAUUUAGUGACUGAGGUUAUAUCUAUCCACAAUGACCCUCUGUGUGUGACAAAGUGUCCUGCGAAACCUGACACCCCCCAGCACUUGUGGGGGUCGCCCAGCUGCACCCUUGGGCAUGCCCAGCCGUCCGGACAGUUUAACCCCCAGAUAAAAAGGACAGAGAUAAAGUGUGGAAGAAUUUCGGCGAAAGGCCAUCGUGAGGGAAAAACAACAUGAUUAUCGCCUCUCCAGCGAUCGUGACUCAUUAUCACGAUAUGUCAAUCACAUAUAAAAGAUGGGGACAAUUAAGCAAGUGAUUGGCUGUUCACCAUCGCGAGAUACACAUUUCUACAUAUUAAACUAAUAAUUGGAGCAGAGUGAGAAAGAAAAGACUUCUUGAUAACGUUUGAGGCCACUGAAUAGCUGGCGCUACAUCAAACAUGGAAAUAUUGUGUGUAAAUCGAAAAAAGCGAUAAAACUUCGGGAUAUUCUGUCUCACUGAGCUACACCAGGUGGGAGCGAGACGUGAUAUCGCUGAAAAACCAUGAGAGGCAGAAGAAUUCCAAUUCCUCUACCAAACACGGGGACAAUGUCGAGAAGACGGAAUUCGUUUUGUCUGAGAACAGCCGUGGUCAUUUUCCUGGUUCUUUUUAUAUUUCUUCAAUUACACAUUAUGAGCUACUCCGAUCCGAGAGAUACACACAUUAAUGAUGUGACAAAUGACUCAACAGCUGCUAUUUUAUCAAUGGUACCCCCAGUUUUCCACAAGUUCUUAACGGCCAAAGCGAAGAAUGUCAGUCAUGAUCACAAUGGCUCAGCAACGAGUGGCGGUGAAAUGCAAUUUCAUAAUCCAAACAUCAGUGAGAUGAAACGAGCUAUCUUGCGAUACAAUGAAAUGCAGAACGUCAUCAAUGAGGACAUUUUUGGACCCCUACAAAAUGAUUCUGUGAUAAUAGUUGUACAGGUUCACAAGCGCAUAACGUACUUACGACAUUUAAUUGUAAGUCUAGCACAAGCACGUGACAUCUCAAAGGCACUUUUAAUCUUUUCACACGACCAUUACGACGAGGACAUCAAUGAGUUGGUGCAGAGUGUUGAUUUUUGUAAAGUGAUGCAGAUUUUUUAUCCUCACUCCAUACAAACACACCCUAAUGAAUUUCCGGGAGCUGAUCCACGAGAUUGUCCGAGGGAUAUGAAAAAAGAGCAGGCUCUUAUCAAAAAGUGUAACAACGCGCUGUAUCCAGAUCUGUAUGGCCACUAUCGUGAGGCCAAGUUCACCCAAACGAAGCACCACUGGUGGUGGAAAGCCAAUCGGGUGUUCAAUGAACUGGAAGUGACGCGUUUCCAUUCAGGUUUAGUUGUAUUUUUGGAAGAAGAUCACUAUGUAGCUGAAGAUUUUCUCUAUCUGUUGGGCUUAAUGCAGAAACGAUCCCAUGAUCUCUGCCCUAAAUGCAAUAUUCUGUCUCUUGGAACGUAUCUAAAGACUUUUAAUUAUUACACGUACAGUAAUAAUAAGAGCAACAAAAAAGCUUUCUUUGGGCAAUCACGUGCUGCGGCUGCUUCCAAUUCAAAUGCAAUGGGUCUUAAUACACAUACUAACAACAAUGCAAAUACUUAUCACGGCGGAGGAAUUUUAAUGGAGAGUAUUCCUGUCACCACAACUGAGAAAUAUUCAGCACAAUGGGGAUACCAAGUGCUUCCAUCUCUGUACUCUAUUUAUCAGAAGGUCGAAGUGACUCCGUGGAUUUCCAGCAAGCACAACAUGGGCAUGGCCUUCAACAGGACAACGUGGAAGGAGAUUGUCAAGUGUGCGGAACACUUUUGCUCAUACGAUGACUACAACUGGGACUGGUCAUUGCAGCAUGUCUCGCAGCACUGCCUCAAACAGAGGCUGCAUGUGAUGGUUGUGAAGGGGCCCAGAGUUUUUCACAUUGGCGAAUGUGGGGUUCACCACAAAAAGAACAACUGUGAGUCCAACCAGGUGAUAUCAAAAGUGCAAAAGGUGCUCCACAUCGCCACAAAGGCUGCCCAGCUCUUCCCCAAGACCAUCACACUCACCGUGGCGAGUGUGGUGCAGAAGACGAAGCUGCGGAAGGGCAAUGGUGGUUGGGGUGACAAGAGGGAUCAUCAGCUAUGUCUGAAUAUGACUCUGUCCUACAGAUAAUUCACCUGAUAUCCAUUACACUGUUUGCCACUCUUAAAGUGUUGAUAUACAGAAAGAGGGACAGAUAGAGAGAGAGAGAGAGAGAGAGGGGAUAGAGAGUGAGAAAGGAUGGAAAUUUUGUGCUGUGUGGAACUUUAAUCCUCACAAAAUCACUGAUGAGGAUGUCUUUUUUCUAUCAUUAAGCUCUAUAUGAUAGUACUUUAGGUGGAAAUAAGAAAUUACUAAUAGUAUUUAUUAUAAUUUGAAACUGUCGAAAAGACCUAAAACUAAAGCAUCGCGUUUUGAGGGCCUCAAUCCCAACAUCUAAUAACUUCUCUUGAAUAAUAAUUUUGUCCUCAUAAAUUACUGUAUUCACACUAUCCGUAAGGACUUCUUCUAAGAAUUUAACUUUGAAUUUGUGAUAAUAACAUUAAAUGUUAAUGAUAUAAGUAUUACCAUUUAAGUGAGGAAAUGAAAUAUCUUUAGUGAUUCUUCUUUUCUUUCUGUGCCGUCGCCGGUAAUGCAAAUUUUUAGUGAUAGGAAUUACUUUCGGCGUCUAAAAUGCUGUGUAUUUUCUUCCUAAACAUUGGAAUUUUCUUUCAUAUCUUUGGCUGAUGAAAAAUAGUUUCCUAAGUAGGUUAUAAGUUCAUAUUUAAUUGAGUGUGUGUAAAGCAUAAAUUGGGGGUUGCAUUCAAUCUGUCUAACGCCCAUCAUUCACCGAUCAUCACCCAAAAGUCUAGUCUCUAUAGAAGUGUAUUUUUUGCCGUAGAUUUAAGGGAGGGGGCAGAGAUUUGUGAGGACAGAAGCACGGCAAAGACGUAAAAAAUAGGAAUUUAUUGCUCAAAGGCAAGAUUUGAAGUGGGUGCUACACAGAAUAUAGGGUAAAUUCACGUGGACAGUACAUUUUGCAGUCAAACACUUACUCCAGUAUCUUAGGAAUUAAGAGAGAGGGACGUAUAAACAAAUCUCGUGUUACGAUUCUUGCGUGUCUCAUGAAUUUUGGCACGGGAUGGUCAGAGUAACUCCACAGACAAUUCGAUGUCUAGUCAGAGAGAGAGUAAUGAAAGUAUAAAGAGUAUCCCAAAAAUUACUAUGGAUUUAACACAUAGUUUGUCGUCUUAUGUAACUUUUUUGUAAAAAGAGAAGAGGUGAAGAUAAAAAUCGAAUAAAUCUUGAAAACCAA